AUGAACUCAGUCCAGCUUCCAGCUCAUCAGAGACCUCCUGCUUCAAACCCACAGCAACUUCACCCAAGAAGUGCCCAGGAAGCUCCAGAGAUGUCUGUGUACUGUGACAACUUCAGCAUGUACCAACAGAACCUGCACGCUUCUCAGAGACCAACAAAUUAUGGAAUAGGAGACUUUACUCCUCCAGCAAAUCACUACCUGUGGCUCGGUGGCCAUGGAGUCAACAAUUCUGCAAGUUAUCCUUACAGCAACAACCCUUCUCCUUACAUGCCACCAUCUUAUGGAUCCCAGAGACAGUUCCUGCCUAAUUCCACUGGUUUUGGUGGGGGAGACCUGAGCUGGCUGUCUGUCGCUUCACAGGAAGAGCUUCUUAAGCUGGUGAGGCCUCCAUAUUCCUACUCGGCUCUCAUUGCCAUGGCCAUUCAACACACCCCGGAAAAGAAACUCACUCUCAGCCAAAUCUACCAGUAUGUGGCUGACAACUUUCCCUUCUACAAGAAAAGCAAAGCGGGCUGGCAGAAUUCCAUCCGGCACAACUUGUCCCUCAACGACUGCUUCAAGAAAGUUGCCAGAGAUGAAAGUGACCCAGGUAAAGGAAACUAUUGGACUCUGGAUUCCAACUGUGAGAAAAUGUUUGACAAUGGGAAUUUCCGGCGUAAAAGGAAGAGCAAAUCUGAGUCUAACCCAAACAAGGCAAUAAAAACUGAGGACGAUGGGAUGAUUUCAAGCAAAAAAGGAAAAGAGAGUCCAACCUUGUCUGCCUCUUCUCCUCCAUCUUUGGACGCAUCGCCACAUGACAUAAAAUCCAUCUCGCCAUCAGCAGGAGUUCCAUAUACCCCUUGCCUAAACAACUUUUUUAACAGCAUGGCAUCCAUGGACUCAAACUCAGUGAGCAAACAAAUGUCUUUUGGCCUGGUGAAUGAACUUUCUCAAAGGAAUAUUACCAGCCUAAACAGCUUCAACUCUAUUUCUCCUGCAGAUCCUUCAGGAGACAUACAGGACAAUAACCUUUUCUACAGCAGGACCCCUUAUUACAACUCCUUCUCCACAAGCAACCAAAAGCCCCCUCAGUUCCUACAGCAAUUACAACAGCCUUCUAUAUAUGGGAGAUAUUAA